AUGACAUCUUCGUCGUCAUCGCCUCGUUUUUCUCGUACAUUUGAUUUACUAUUGAGUCAAUUUCCUGAUUUAGCCGAUCUAUCAAUCAAAUCGACUCUAGAGACAUCACCAAUAAUGGCAUCGACUAGAAAUAGUUCUCAAUCAUUAGUAAACGCUGAUAGAUCGAAUGCCAAGCCAGGACAAUGGCGAGCAUCAAUAUCAGCACCAUUAUGUGCAUUCUGUAAUAAAAGUGUUUAUCCAGCUGAAGAACUUAUUGCUGCCGGACAAAAAUUUCAUAAACUUUGCCUUAAAUGCGUUUCAUGCAACACAAUUCUCAAUCUAGGUAAUUUCAAUGAACGUGAAAAGAAGAUCUAUUGUUCGGGAUGUUAUCGUCGUCAGCACGGUCCACGAACAGUUGGUUUUGGUAUUGCAACAACAUUGACACCUAGUUUAGACACACCACCAACGAGCCCUGAUUCAAAUCAAGAAGAAAUAGAUUCUAUUAGCGGAUUAACAAAUACAGAUGAUGAUAAUACUGAUCGAAACACACCAGUAAAUUCAUCGCCAUCUCAUGCUUCGUCUGACAAUGAUUAUUUACGUUCAAGUAUACCAUACCCAGGUGAACGCGUAACACGACAAACAUUGCCGACAGUUAAUCGACCAACAGCAGCGAGUGUUGUCAGUGGUGCUGCAUUUAAAAUGAUGUCAAUCUCAGGAAAUAUUUGUCCUCGAUGUUCAAAAACUGUUUAUUCAGCUGAAGAAGUUAAGGCUGUUGGAAAAUCAUUUCAUAAACGAUGUUAUACUUGCGCUAAUUGUAAAGGAACUAUAAGUGGUGCUCAUUUUUCUGAACGUGAUGGCGAACUCUAUGAUAACAAAUGCUAUCAACGUUUAUUUGGGCCGAGGGGUAUUAUUUAA